UGCUCCUUUCCCAUUGGAGUUGAUGGACGGAGUGAAAGAAGAUGGCGGCGCCCAGCUAGAGCCGAUCAUGGCGGAUGCCUCAAGGUGCAAGCACAGAAAACAGGCGAAUCCGAGGAGAAAGCACGUCCUCCUCGGUAUUGCUAUACCCAACAAUUCGGUGUUCCUACAAAUUUAGAAAGGCUCAAAACCUUUGCUGGAAGAUAUCCAUCGAGAAGUGAGAAAAGAACCUGCAGCUAUGAAUCUCCAGGAAAAUGUUGAUAACAUGGAAGGCAAAUUUAAGCUUUGGGUAGCAUCAAGAUUGAACUUUGAAAUUUUUACGAAACUGGAUUUCUGUCCGACGUAUAAAGAAGACUGAAAUUACAUAAAACUCAGUAGUAACUGCGGUCAUUCUUAUAAGCAUCAGAGAGAAGUUAAAGCAAAUGACUUUACAGCAUCAGCUAAGUGCGUAGAUUCCUUAGAUUCUCGGCAAGUUCAAUGUGCCCUUUCUUGCCACACUGACUGCAUUCAAGGUCUCUGCACCAACAUUCAGAUGGAUGGUGACCGGGCUUUCCACAACGCCAAAGGACAGACACCAAUGAACGAAAAUCCAAAUGGCUAUUCUAAAGAAAUUAUUGAAGAGGCUGUAAAGAAAGAAACAGUUUUUCAGGAUGGAAAGGUGCAUGAAGAUGACAUUAGAGAAGAUGCUACAACUGCGUCUGACCGAAAAGAGAUUCUUCAAAAUGAGACAAAGAGAGAAGUUGGCAAUGUAGAUGACAGCCAAACACAGAACUGUGAAGAGAUGCAGGAUUUUAUUCAUGAUUCAUCAAAGUUGGCUGAUACACAAGGAUCUUCAUCCACUAUGACUUGCCAGAAGAGGAGUUUGCAGAGCAAGGGUCAUUUCAGGACCAUUGCUCCAAAAGUUAUUCCACCACUAUCUGUUUCUUCGAUGGUACCUCAUUCUACCAUUAGUGGAAUUUCUACUUCAUCAGACAUUCAGACAAAUAAAUUUUCAACAAACAACACAAAGCCCAUAAUCAUGCCUGCUCGGAGCUAUGCACUGAUGCCUGUUGCUGGUAAAGAGGGAACUUACUCACUUGUAGCCCUGCCACAAGUUGCUACAGCUCUUCCACAAGUAUCUUCAAAGGUUGAAAAAACAGUCAUAGCUUCUUGUACUGGCCAAGCACAGGUUUCUCAAGCAGGUAGACCAUCAGUAGUAGCAUUUGGGCAGACAACACCGCAUGUUGCUGCCAUUGAGAAAUUGAAGUUACCAAUUCCACGCUAUCAGUCUGUGUGGGCCAAACCAGCCAUGAAGCAGGGAGCAGUCUCAAAACUCGCAGUGGUGAAACCAAGUAAUCUUCAGUGUCAUUCGUGUAUGCCAGGAGCAGCAUCAGUACAGGUUCAACCAACCACAAUGCCCAGUCGUUCACAAAUUCAUCCAAGUGUAGUAGCACCUAAAACAGGAUUGUUGGUUGAUGCAGACAAAGUAGGACCUAUACCUGCUGACGUCACAGUUCCUGCCACACUUCCCCAGGAUACAGAUGUGACACUUGGACAUUGUUCCACAUCUAAGUCUGACUUAUUGAAAACAAGUGAAAAAAAUCGGCCAAUAUCUCUCAACAUUUCAACCAGUAUGGACAGAUAUGUGCCACAGCCUGGGGCAGCUAAAGUUUCUUUUAAACCCAGCCUGGAUUCGCUGCCAGCAACAUGCAGCCUUUCAACGUGGUCUGUUGUCCAAACUGACCCACAAUCCCCACUUAUCACAAAGCAUACUGGACCAGUUGCUUCUGUGCCAAUGAUGCAGUUUGGAAGUUCAGUUCAGUUUAUUGCACCUACUCCUGCACCAAAAGGCAAAGUUCCUAUUUUACCAUACUCUCGAGUGAAAAACACCAUCUUUCAUAAUGCUAAACAGAAUCAAACUACUUUUGCAACAUCAUCAACCCAGUUCAAAUCUAGAAUCCCCACUGCAAUGUCAGCUAAUGAUCAGUCCAGAACUGCUGAAAUGUCCAGGAAUAUUUGUAUGGUUUCUGAUUUUCACAGAGACAGUGCUCAUAAACCAAGUGGUCAGAUACCAUUUAUACCAAUAGACAGUGCUAAUCCAAGUACAUCAGAAAAAGGGAUUAUAAAUAGACUAAAGAAACCAAGCAAUGUACUCAAGCACAGGAAAAGGAAGGUCACAGAUAAUGUGACCAUUUCUAAAGCAAAAAGAUUUCAGACCUGUAAUCUCCUGAGCAGAAUGCAGGAAAAUGAGGACAAGAUGAAAUCUGAUUCUUCUCGGGAACCUGGCCCUUUCAAAGUGAGAGAAGAAAGCAUAAAAACAGUAACAGAUGAAAAUUCAGACAAAACAGCAGCAGUACUAAAGAAGUUUUGUAACAUCAUGCCCAAGCCUCUGGCAGUUACGCAGGCUGUAGCCCCUUUAGCAUUAUCUGGAGGGAUGGUUGCUGUCCAGAACCUUGAUAGUUUAAAACCAGAGACUGCACCAAAGGGUGCAACAAUGAGCAAAACUCGCAACUUUGUGCAGGCCGCCAGUACAUCUGCCUACUGCAAAAACUUGCCUGAGAGGUUGGUCUUGGAUGAGCAAGCAUAUAAAUGCAAUGUUUGUAGUCGAGGAUUUCAGCUUAAACAUCAUCUUCAGGAUCAUUUGAAUAUUCACAUUAAGAGCAGGCCUUACUGCUGUCGUAUUUGCCACAAGGCUUACAGUCAUUCAGGCAGCCUAAGCACUCACAUGAAACGGUGUCACAAUGAAGUACAGCGUAAGAAGCUCAUGUGCUGCGAAUUUUGUGCAAAACUUUUUGGACAUAUUGGAGUCUAUUUUUUUCAUCUAAAAGAAAUCCACAAGGUCUUAAUCAGCAACGAACUUUCCAACAGCUCACUUAUACCAAAUAAGAAUAAUGGAAAUGGAAAAGAAGGACAGGUGAAAGCUGCACAUUGUCUGCCUCUGUUAGACAGGAAGCAAGCUGAGGAUAACCAAUCACAAGCUGAAGUAGUUGGUCUCGGCACCUUCCAUAUAAAAUGUGCCCGUUGCCAAGUUGUCACCCCCACCUUUGUUGAUAUGAAGUUGCACCUGUUGUGUGUUCAUGAGGAAGAGCUGCAGCUGAGGGUAGAAGAGAGAUCUGUAAAAGAGAAAAGUAGAUGUAUCAGUGGAUUUCCUAUUUACUCUAGCAUGGAAGCCGAGCAAGAGCUGUUCAAGCAUGCGGCAAACUAUUGGAAACAACUUGGUGAGAAGAAAAAUCUGGUAAGGUGUGGCAUUUGUGAAGAAGCUUUUCACUCCUGUUUUAAAUUGAAGAAGCACAUGGUUUUGCAUUACAAACAACAGCUCCGUUCAGAGGCUGUGGAUUCAAGUACAGUUCCUAAGGAUAAGAAAAUCCAGUUCCUUACAAAUUUUGGGUUUAAUUGUAUUUUAUGUAAACAGAACUGUGGAAGCAAAUCUGAACUCUUCAGGCACUGGCAAAGUCACCACAAGUGCAAGGACCCCGUUGUGCUGUGGACAGUCUUCAGUUCAAUGAAUGAACAUUGCACGAUUGAUGAGGAACUGCCCAAUGUUUCAGCAGAACACACUGCUGUCAGCAGUGAACCACUCUGCAAAAGCAUUGUAGGUGCAGCGUCCCAGUGCAAGCUACACAAUGGGAGAAGAACUGCACUCGAUGAGUGCAAGGUGCACGUGAGCAGCUGCACUGGUGGAGCAGAAGAGACUCUUGAUUAUUGUCAGUUAACAUGUCCAUUUUGUUUGAAGACCUUUUUCUGCAUGAACUGGAAAGGUAACAGUCGUGAAAAAGUUGUAUUUCAGCAAGAGGGUGUUGCGCAUCAGUGCCCAAAGUGCCUACUGGAGUUCUCAUUAACUGGAGCUCAAGUAUUCUGUACCAAACAUUGUGAUUAACAUGCCAGUGCUUCAGGAACUAAUAAGUCUCUCUAAGGUGCACACUCGUGUUGAGAUACAAGAAAGUGGGCACCAGCAGCCCUCUAGUACCUGAUCUAAUCAGCCAUUCUUGAGUGUGAGACUGGACGGUGACUGACAGCAGGCCAUUUGCUGUAGGGAUAUCACAACCAAGUUCUUGUCCUUGCCUAACAUCGAUACAUGCACUUUGCAGCAGGGGUCACUGAAUGGAAUUCAAAAGCCUUUGUAUCACUGUAUUGGAAAUAUUGAAGUAUUUAAAUUGAUUCAGUUAGGAACUGCUGAUUGAAUAAAGAUUUACAAAG